AUGGAUUAUGACAUAGACUACAACGAGGUACUUGAUCAGAUAUCGACAAAUCUCUCCAAUGCGUUGAACACUUUCGGCCCCUCCUCUCAGCAGUAUCAAAACAUUCUAGAGAUCCUCAAGGAUUGCGUACACAGACUAGGAAAUGAGCCAACCAAGAAAACACCGGCUGUCGAUCCGGACACGUUAAGCCUGGCGAUGCAGUUCCUCGAGAUUGGGGAAUAA